AAGGAUAAAAAGCGUUGCAUUAUUACUGGCUAGGACCAUGUCUUUGGACAGUAGCUAGCUAGCUUUUCUCUUUUCACUUGCUUUAUAUACAGACAUCCAACAUCCAAAUUUCUACACCCAAAAAUACUUACUCCGCUCUGUCUCUCUCUCAUACUCAUAUACAAGUUUGGAGUUGCAAAUUAAUUGCAAUCACUAAUCUUCUUCUUCUUGUUCUACAAUAAAAUUAAUCUCAAAAUGGCUCCUGCUUCUUACAAUUGCAUAUUCAAUACCAUAUGUGUAAUGAACGCUUCCACUUGCUUAGGCACAAAGCUAGUAAAGCGCCUUCUCAAGAGAGGUUACACUGUUCAUGCAACUAUUCAAGAUCGUGAGACGUCGUUGAAGGGGAUUGAAUGUGAAGAGAUGAAAUUGAAGAUAUUUGAGUCAGACCCUUUUGAUUACCAUAGUAUUCUUGAUGCUUUGAAAGGCUGUUCGGGUUUGAUCUACUCAUUUCAGCCUCCAUCAGAUUAUCCUACUUACGAUGAAGAGAUGGGAGAAGUGGAGGUGAGGGCAGCACAUAACGUGUUGGAAGCAUGCGCACAGACACACACAAUAGAAAAAGUUGUUUUUACUUCCUCAGCAAGUGCUAUUAUUUGGGGACAUGAUAAAGAUUCUACAUCCACAGAUUAUCUUGAUGAAAGACAUUGGACAGACAUCAACUUUUGUCGUAACUUCAAGUUGUGGCAUGCUAUGUCGAAAACACUAGCAGAGAAGACAGCUUGGGCAUUGGCAAUGGACAGAGGGAUCAACAUGGUGACCAUCAACUCAGGACUGUUAAUGGGUCCUGAAUUAACCAUCACUAAUCCUUAUCUUAAAGGAGCAGCUGAGAUGUAUGAAGAUGGUGUCUUUGUGACUGUUGAUCUUGAUUUCUUGGUGGAUGCCCACAUUUGUGUCUAUGAAGAAAUAGCAUCCUAUGGUCGAUAUUUGUGCUUCAAUCACAUCAUUAAUCAAAAUCAAGAUGCUCUUAACCUUGCCCAAAUGUUGUCCCCUUUGCCUUCUCCCCCUCCAAGUUUGGAGGAGGACACAAUGAUAAUCCAGCAGAGGAUCAGCAACAAUAAAUUGAACAAGCUUAUGGUUGACUUUAGAGGGCACCAGCCCCAGAUGGACCAAAAUGCAAAUCAAGACAUUUGCUUAUCAUGAAAAAAAAGAGAGCAAAUUAAAAGGGAUAUCAAAGUGUAUACAUAUAUUAUCUCCACUGCGAAAAAGCUAUAAAAUUUGAUGACAUUAUAACUUUUCCACAACCCUCCUACCCAAGUAGGCAAGUUAGUAAACCACUUGAUGUGAUGGGAGAAAAAGUUAAAAAGAAAGAAAAGGCCACAUAAAUGGCUAUAUACAAGGCAUGUAAUCGAGUUUAUGUACAAAAGUCAAUAAUUUAAGAGAUCAUGUGAAUUAUGAGUGGGUUA